AUGCAAGGCGGCCAGGACUCGGACGUCGAGUUUAUCUGCCAAGUUGAGCCUGCGUCGGGUUUGCUAUGUCAGUUCUGCGGCAGCGACCUGCACGCUCUCAGCGUCUCCCAGCGCGAAGAACACUACGGCCUCCACCUCGAUGACUCUACCGCGCCGUCGCCACCCACCACCUACGGCCCCCGCCGCUCACUCAAACCCUUCACGCUCUCCACCCCCAGCCCCAGCAAAGACGCCGCCCAGAACCUCUUCUGGCACCCGCGCCUCCCCACCGCGCCCCCGCCCAACUUCCACCCCGGCCUCGUCCCCGUCUUCGCCCGCGCCCUCGCCGCGCACCCCGCCCUCGCCCACGCCGUCCUCUGCUUCGAGCGCACCACGCACGUCGUCGCCGAGCGCUGGGACCGCAGCUGGGGGUGCGGGUACCGCAACUUUCUCAUGGCGUGCACCGCGCUCAUGAGCCAGGAGGAGAGGACGGAGUAUUGGGGCUUGUUGGAGGAGCCGACCCCGCCCGGCGUGAGGAAUCUCCAGCGCUGGAUCGAGGAGGCGUGGAAGCUCGGGUACGACAAGGAAGGCGCGACGCAGCUCAAGCGCCAGCUCGUCGGCACGCAGAAAUGGAUCGGCACCGCCGACAUCUACGUCGCCUUCACCCUGCGCUCCAUCCCGUGCCACCUCGCCGACUUUGCCGGCGUGCGCAAGGACCCCGCGCGCCUCGUCAACUGGGUCACGGGCUACUUCGACGGGCCCGACUCGCACCCGCCCAGCAAGACUGGCAUCGCGAGUAGUCUCCUGGGGAAGAAGAGGAAUGAGGAGCAGGAGGAGUCGGCGCAUAUCCGCGGGGGAUCGGUCGAGGGGGACAGGCGGAAGGUACGGGUGACCGGGAAGAUGCCGCUGAUUCUGCAGCAUGAGGGGCACUCGCGGCUGAUCGUGGGGUAUAUGGUCCCCAGGAAGGGGAACGGGCUGGGGGAAGUGGAGUUUAUCAUGUCACCGUCAAGUUCUCUCCGCGGUGCCGGGAUCGCGGAGCAUGGGCGUAUGAGCAGGCACGCGUCAAAGUCACCAUCCGUCUCCGAGGUGCCGGAUUUCGAAAAGCCAGCUUCGUCAAGCAAGUCGAAGCCCCCGUCACGGACAACACGCCGCUCCCCAUCGAUCCAAGAAUUACACACCGACCAACCUAAACCCUCCUCGAAGCCUUCCAAACCCGCGUCCACCGCGGGCCCUUCGAAGCCUUCUUCCGCCGCCCCCGCCUUCACCCGUACGCGCUCCCCCUCCGUGUCCGAGAUCAACGACGUGUCCUCGUGGUCUCCACCACGGCCGUCGGGGUUCAAGCCCCUCCCGCCAUCCAAAACCACCGACGCGACCACGUCGAAGUACUUCUCCGCAUCCACCCCGAGCACUAGCAAGGGCAAGGAGAAGGAGAAGGAGAACACCGGCAGACAGAAGCUCGUGCAGACCGUCCUGCACCCGAUCGCCACGCUGCGGAACAAGGGCAAGGGCACGGAGAGCCCGAGGAAAGCGGUGAAGAGGAAGCGCCCGAGCGCGUCGCCCGCGCCGGAGGUCGUGAGCGACUCGGAGCCGGAGCGCCGGCGGAGCCUGGGGCGCGGGAAGAGGCUGCGCAGCGAUGAGCUUGGGAGCGGGGUAGCGCGGGCCGCGUCGCCGUCGGUGGGAGGCGGGAGCGUCAUCGAGAUCGCGAGCAGCGGCGACGAGGGGGAGGGGGACGGGCGGAUGCGGGGCGGGGCGCCCUGGGGCCCGGGCAAAGGACGAGGCGGGGAGGUGGUGGCCAAGGAGGUGGUGUGGAAGGAUGUGAGGGGGCGGUACGCGGUGAGCGCGUCGGCGCUCGCGAAGCACGAUAAGUACCAGAUUUUGUGGUUCCCGCUCGAUGCGCCGUUGGGGGAGCGGGAGAGGGAGGGGAGGAAGGUGGUCACGAGUACGAAGGUGUAG